UCUUAACAACACGCAUACUUCGUACAGCCGCUUAUUAAUUACUCGCCCGGACAUGUUUAUCGGCCGAACCAGUCUUUUCCUAUGGGCGCUUUCUUCGUCCGCACUCGUGAAGGGCAUUUCAAAUCGUCUCGGUAAGCCGGUCGUGAUAGACACCGACAUCUUCUCCGAUGUCGACGACGUGGGCUCCCUGGCUGUUGCCAAUGUGCUGCAUAACUACGGACUGGCGGACCUACGGGGAGUCGCUGUGAAUACGCACUCCAAGUACGGCGCAUUGGCCGUUAGUGUUAUUAAUACGUACUUUGGGAAUGGACAUGUCCCUAUCGCUGCGAUUCGUCCGUUGACGGACGAGACCUUCUUCGAUAAGUGGGACUUCGUUCUCGGCGAAUAUGCUAGCAAGAUAGCUCAUAACUGGCCUCGCUCCCUAAACGACUCAUCUAUAACACCAACGCCGGUUGACAUGUAUCGCAAGAUCCUAUCCUCGGCGGAAGAUCACAGCAUAACUCUAAUCUCAAUUGGCUUCUUAACUAACCUCGCUACACUAAUGAAAAGCCGGCCUGAUGGCAUUGCGACUCUUACAGGGGCCUCUCUCAUAUCUACAAAAGUGAAAGAAUUAGUGGUCAUGGGUGGCCAGUAUCCUUUCGGGUGGGAAUUCAACUUUGCCGGCGUCGAUCCCGCAUCCACAUACGACGUCGUGAAUAGCUGGCCACGUCAUAUACCCAUUACAUACUCCGGGUUCGAGCUCAGCGACAACAUCUUGUCCGGCGAGAAACUCGCCGACUACGCGCCGCCGGACUCGCCCGUACUCGCGGCGUAUCAGUGGUACGUGGGCCGGUGCAGCACUAUUCGCGAGUCGUGGGACCCUGUUACGACUCUAUACGGGAUAUUAGGGCUCGACGGGUCCCCCGAAUUAGGAAUUGGAAAGCUAUUUGAGUAUGCUAAUGAAAAGGGGCAUAACCAAGUAUUAGCAGACGGUUCGAAUAUGUGGGUUAACAACUCUGGCGUUUCGAACCAGCAUUGGUUGAAACUGGCGGAUGGAGUGACGAAUGGAACUGUUGCGGAGCUCUUGACUCGUUUUUUUGCUCAUAGCCCUUCGGAGAAGAGCUGCUUUACAUAUAGGCGCGUACCAUUUCAGACUUUAGUGAACGAACGAAAAGCGGAACUAGGCUGUGAACACGAGUCGGGUAUGAAUUUCCAAAGCUAGGAAAUAGAGAUUCGGUGUAGGAACGAGCUUCUCAUCAUAAAAUAUAGAUACCAAGGUUCGCUUUUAAAG